GUACACAACACAUUGCAUUCGUGAACCGGGUUGUGUUCAGAAGAACUUCUUCUCAAAUAUAUUACAUUUCACUCUAGGUGUUGUUAUAUAUUGCUGCAUUUGGAUGCAGUAGCGGUUUAAAUUUCGCCCAUUCGUUCUCAGUACCAGCCGAAAGUACAGCUCGAACCUGUCCGUUCAUCUUCUGCAGUGCUGGGAGCACCGGUGAGCAGGGAACCAUGCCCACGGUGGUGCUGAUGGACGUCUCCUUGUCCAUGACCCGGCCGGUGUCACAGGACAACAGCGAGGAGUUCCAGAGGAAGAACCUGGCAGUGCAUGGACUGAACAUGCUAUUUGAACACAUGGCGUCAAACUACAAACUGGAGUUCACAGCACUCAUGGCUUUCUCGUCUCUCUGGGAGCUCCUGGUGCCUUUUACUCGAGAUUACAACGCCUUGCAGGAAGCGCUCAGCAACCUCGAGGAUUAUGACAAGACUUGUGUGGAGUCUGCUCUUAAUGGAGUCAGCAGUGUUGUCCAGCAAGAAUGGGGAAGUGCCUGUCCCUGUCAGGUGGUGCUGGUUACUGACGGCUCUCUGGGUAUUGGGAAGGGAUCUCUGCGUCAUUCCCUCCAAACAUUGAAGCACCGGGCCGAAGACAAGAAGUUCCCUCUUCCCUUUCCCUUCCCAACAAAGAUGUUCAUCUUGUGUGUCGCCAAUGCAGAGGAGCUGCAAGUGAGCGGCGCGAUGGACAACUUGGAAGAGCUUUUGUGUCUCAGCGGAGGGGACGGACAGAUCUUCACCACAGAAGGACCCCUCUGCAUGCAGAGUGUGCAGGCCAUGUUCGGGAGGCUGAUUGACCGAGCGUACACUCCGUUCCACGCUGUCUUGCACUGUGGGAACUUGACGUCUGAUGUACAGGUGUUUCCUCGACCUGAGCCAGUGGUGGUGGAUGAGGAGGUGGAGCCUUUGGCCCGAACAGUUAACUCAGAUCUAGAAAUAAUGGGCUUCAUUGAAAUUGGCGACAUCUCCAGUCCUCCCGUAAUAUCUCGACACCUGGUCCUGCCCAUCGCUGUGAACAAAGAGGUGGAUGAGGUCGGCGCAGGCGUCACUGACGAGCUGGAGGAGGAAGCGUCUGCCAGUCAAAUGGCGGGGAAAAGCCCGAACUUUUGUGUUCUUCUGCAUGGCAGCCUGAAAGUGGAGGGAAUGGUGGCGCUGGUUCAGCUCGGCCCGGAGUGGUUCGGCAUGCUGUACUCCCAGGCUGACAGCAAAAAGAAAUCAAACUUGAUGUUGUCCGUGUUCGAGCCCGGUCCAGAUCCUCUGCCGUGGCUUGGCAAGAUCACACACUUGGGUCCGAUCUCAGAGUCAGCGGAGAAUCCCUACGGGGAGGAUGACAGCAAAAGCCCCUUCCCUCUGCAGCCCCAGGUCAAACGCAGCUACGCUCAGAAUGUCACCGUCUGGAUCAAAGCCAGCGGCCUCCAGACUGAUGUCCAGAAGAUCCUGAGAAAUGCACGCAAACUGCCAGACAAGACGCAGACUUUCUACAAGGAGCUGAACCGCCUACGGAAGGCAGCCUUGGCCUUUGGUUUCUGGGAUCUUCUCAAAGGUGUAGCUGAACUCCUGGAGAGAGAGUGCACACUCCUGCCUGACUCGGCACAUCCUGAUGCCGCCUUCCAGCUCUCCCAUGCCGCGAAGCAACUCAAACUGGCCAGCACUGGAGAUUCCCAGUACGUGGCCUUUGACCACAACAUUGUCCCCAUGCACACAGACUUCUCAAGCUGAGACGUGGACUGAUGCUGCUGCAUGUACGACUUUUUAUACUCUUCUAGGUUUUGUUUUUUUUUUUAAGCAAAAGGGCCCAUUUUAAGUUUCUUAAAAAAUAAACAAUAUU